AUGCGUGUACAUCGGCAUUCGCAGUCGGAGCAGCUGCUAUUAGCGCUGCUAAUCUGCCUCUGGACAGCUGCGGCUGCAGCAGCCACUGCCGCCCAGCUAGCGGAUGCUGCGGCUCAGCCACAAAUGGAUUCGGAUGCGAGUGAGGCGCACAUACGCAAAAAGCGUCUCGUUUGGAUUACGGAUGACGGACGCUUGGCUCUGCCGCCCGGCACCUCGUUGACAUUCACGCCGACGAUCGCCAUGCCUAUGGUCAGGCAUCCGCCUGAAGGCUUCUUCUCCAACCUGAGCAUCAGUUUUCCCGUCACAAUUGACUUUGACAAGCUCGGCCUGACGGACAAUCAAAAUCCCCUCGGCGAUCUGCCCUUCUUCGCGCGCUCCUUUGGCCACGGCGCUGGCCAGCUGGUGGGCGAGUACGUCUCCCGCUACCUGCACGUGCAGCGCCGCAAGCGGGACCUCAGCGCCCAGCAGAGCAGCUCGCCCUACCGAGUGGAGGACACGCUCCAGUACCCGCAGCUGCCGGCGGGCCUCCAGCACAUCUUCCAUGGCGGCGAGCGGGUGCUGCUCUACGGCGUCGUCGAGGACUUCCUGGCCACCUUCGGCAUGGACGGCAAGGCCUGCAUGCUGCGCACCAUCUGCGAGAUGCACUCACGCAGUCUCGACAAGUUCGGCGUCUUUGGCGAGAUGACCAAGCUGUUCCUAACGGUAACCAAAUCGCCGUUUGCUGAGCUGCUGCCCGAAUAUGUGCGCGCGCAGCGAGUGGGCGAGGGCAAGCAGGCGCCCGGCGAAUGCUUCCCCUAUUACAAGGCCUGCCCCAAGAGCAUCUUCAAGGCGCUCUCCAACAAAUACAGUGCACAAGCAACAAGACAGACAACAACAACAACAACGACAAAGGCAACCACAACGGAGCGGCCCGUGGGCGAAUAUCACGAACAGCAGGCGGUGCUGCUGCCCAACAGCGCUGAGCAGGAUGAGCAGCAGCAGCAGGAGCAGCAGCAGCAGCAGCAGGAUCAGCAGGAGCGAUUGCAGCUGCAUCAAGAGCUCGAUGGCAAUGCAGUUUUCAUGUGA